CGCGAGUAGCGAGGGACUGCGCGGCCCCGGGCGGGCGCCGCGGCGGAGGUAUGGCCGCGGGGGCCGCGGUGCGCAAGGCGGCGCCGGUGCUGGAGGCGCCUCCGCAGCACGAGCAGAUCUCUCAUACAAAGCUUUCUGCGGAUGAUGAGUGGAACCUGCAGCAGGAGAGGAUACACAAGACGCACCGGGGCCAUGAGUCCAUGCACGUGGAGAUGAUCUUGAUCUUCCUCUGCACCCUGGUCAUCGCCCAGAUAGUGCUGGUACAGUGGAGACAAAGGCAUGGCCGGUCCUACAACCUGGUGACACUGUUGCAGAUGUGGGUUGUCCCUCUCUACUUCACGAUAAAACUCUACUGGUGGCGGUUUCUGUCUCUGUGGGGAAUGUUCUCGGUUAUUACCAGUUACAUCCUCUUCAGAGCUACCCGAAAACCCCUCUCGGGGAGAACACCACGAUUGGUCUACAAAUGGUUUCUUAUAAUCUACAAACUCAGCUAUGCAUUUGGUGUUGUGGGUUAUUUGGCUAUCAUGUUUACAACGUGUGGAUUCAAUUUACUUUUCAGAAUCAAGGCCAGAGAUUCCAUGGAUUUUGGUAUCGUAUCCUUGUUCUAUGGCCUCUACUAUGGUGUGAUGGGGAGAGACUUUGCAGAGAUCUGUUCAGAUUACAUGGCUUCUACAAUAGGGUUCUACAGCGUCAGUGGGAUGCCCACAAGGAGCUUGUCAGACAAUAUCUGCGCCGUCUGUGGCCAGAAGAUCAUUGUGGAGCUUGAUGAAGAAGGGCUCAUUGAAAACACCUACCAGCUCUCCUGCAAUCAUGUCUUUCACGAAUUCUGCAUCCGAGGCUGGUGUAUAGUUGGUAAAAAGCAGACUUGCCCUUACUGCAAAGAGAAGGUUGAUUUGAAGAGGAUGAUCAGUAACCCCUGGGAGCGCACACACUUUCUCUAUGGACAAAUCCUUGAUUGGCUUCGUUAUUUGGUGGCCUGGCAACCCGUGGUGAUUGGAAUAGUUCAAGGCAUUAAUUACUCCCUAGGACUGGAAUAGCAUAGCACACCUACUCCAGAAACAGCUUGCGGCAUGUUGAAAUAUUCUUAAAUCCUUGAUCCUAUCUUUAUUAUUGAUACUUCUUUUUCAAUUUCAGAGAUGAGCCCAAGAGUUUAGAGAAAUGAAUAAAAGGGCCCUCCAAAAGGCAAUCUGUCUAUGUGGAAAGAAUUUAAAAGAGAAGCUGAAUGUCAAAAGUUCAGAGGAAAACAGAAGUAAAGCCAACGAAUCAAUAAAGUAGUCAUCAGUAAAAGUUUAUUGUGCACACAGCAAAAAGAUCGUUUGCAAACCAGGGCACUCAGACCAAAACACAGAACAAAGCUCGGGGGUAUAUGUGAGGCAACAGCUUACAAUAGUGCGGAGACAGGGACUGUGUAUUCUUCACAGAGAUUAUUUAAAAUACUUGAAUUUUCUUAAACGAAAGGGAAGUGGUUAGUGAUGACCUCAUAUCAAUUUUAGGAAAACAAUUUAAGUUUUGCUUAUGAUCUUCAGAGGCCUAAGCAAAGAAGUACCCAGAUCAGUUAGCCUCACUUGUCUUGCAAGAUAAGCUACAUCAAGCUUUGCUUGUAAGACUAAACUGGUUCUGGGGUACCUAUGUUGCUCCGUCAGUUUAGCAUCUGCCUUUGAGUCAUGGUCUUAGGAUCCUAGGAUCAAGCCCCGAGUUGGACUCCUCACUCUGGGAGUCUGCUUCUCCCUCUGCCUCUCCCCACUGGCUUGUGCUCUAUCUCGCUCACUCUCUCUCUCUCAAAUGAGUAAGUAAAACUGUAAAACAACAACAACAAAAACAAAACAAAACAAAACUGGUUUUGUCUGCUCAGGGAAUUUCAAGUCUGGUCUCUGUUUGUGUUUGAUUUUAAUAUGAACAACAACAUAAACAAAUACA